GCUCGAUCAAAGUAUUUCACAUUUUCGGGAAAUCAAAAGUGAAAGUGGCUGAUUUCAUAGAACGAUUACGUGUUGAUGGAAAAUAUUCAUUACGAUAUAAACACGUUUUAACCACUCAAAUAUACUUUGUGCAUGUUGCCACAAAUUUAGGAACCCAAAAGAAGACCAAUAAGAGCCUGUUCAGAGAAUAUUGUUUUAGUGUUUAAUUCAGGUUGCAAACAAUGGCGGGAAAUGUUCCCGUAUUUGAUGAUGAAGGAGAUCCAGCUGUUGGUUCAAAGGAAGCUGAUUCUCUUGGUGAAACAGAUGAAACCGUGUUGAUCAAGGAAUAUGACAGCAAGGAUGCAGCCAUUCUCAAGCUGUUCUUUAAGGAAGAACUCAAAGAGAUUUCGUUGGUUGGGUUGGUAAAAUGUCAUCCCCCCCAAGGACCUGGCCUAAAGCUCCUCAUUCAAAGCGUACAGAAGAAAAGGGCAAGAGUUGAUCCACUGAUUAAGGAUCUGGAUAAUAAACUGAAAAUGAUUAAAGAAAGGGAAGUAACUGUUCCAAGUGAUGCCUUUGCAAAGUUGGCAGAGCUCAUGCGUUCAGAGGAGAAACGACAGGAUGGUGCUGAACAGAAAGAACUUGUCUUGUAUCGUCCAGACAUUGUGAAGAAAAUUGUACAAGUCUUUUUCUGGCCAGGAAAUGACAAAGCAGUAAUUAAAUUGGAGCGUGAGCUAGGCAUCAUCAAGACUGGCGGUACACCAAACAAAUACACACCAAGCGACCAGGCUGAAGGUAGAAAUCCUUCUGAUGCAGGCAGUCAUUUGUAUCCUGAUCUUAAGAUAACAGAGCUCAAUGAUAAAGACCCAACUCGUUCAUUCGGUCGAAAUGUGACAUUGUUUCAGGCAAGUAGUUCUGGUGAUGAUCAUGACUAUGAAUAUAUGGAAUGUGGUCCUUCUCCGCAACCGUCUGCAAACCCUAGGUCUGAUGCAUUUGUGAAACGUUUCUCAGGGACUUUGACGUUACAUGUGUACAGGGGCUCAAUAUUGAAUCUUCCAGUGGACGCCAUCGUCAAUGCUGCCAAUGAUAAUAUGGAUCACGGAGGAGGUGUUGCUAAGGUGAUUUCUGAAGCAGCAGGGUGUGAUUUAGACAGAGAAAGUAAGCGCAAAAUUAGCAAAUUACCUAAGGGUCUGUUGCCUGUAACGAGGAACAUUGUGACCACUGCUGGUAAGCUGAAAUACCGGGGAGUGAUACACGCUGUUGGACCACAAUGGUAUGACAGCAAAUACAGAGAUGACAAGAUUUGCUGUCUGGAUGACUUGUAUGACACAAUAAAAAACGUCUUGGAAACCUGCGACAGAAAAGGCUACAAAACUGUUGCCAUGCCUGCCAUAAGUGCCGGUAUAUACGCGGUACCAAAAAAGUUGUGUGCCGAUAUGUAUGUAAGAGCUGCAGCAGAAUACAGUCAGAUUCAUGGAAGCAAACUGCCCAAGGCAUUGCACAUUGUUGAUAUAGACAAGGAAAUUCUUGACCUGGUGAAGAAGUCUGUUGAGAACUAUGACAAAAAUCCUGAAUUAAUAGACCAGCGAAAGACUGUACCUGACCAUUUAGCCAGUCAUCAACAAUGGAAUAGGAGAGGUAGAGGCAGGGGUCAGCGAGGAGGCCAGGUUUGGAAUGGCGAUCAUGGAAGCAACAAAAGUCAAGUUCAUGGCUCACCAGUUGCCAGUGAAUCACAACUACUUAUUGAUGGUCUUCCUAUUACUUGUGAAGUUAAGAAACUGGAAGAUGAAAAAUUUAGAUGGGGAGGCAUUGCACAAAAGUACAUCCUUAACAAGGACUUAACUGUGAAGAUAUUCAAAGGUGACAUUACUAGGAGUUCACAUAUUGAUGCCCUUGUAUGUGGAAUAGGACCGGAUAUGAAAUUCAGCGGUUUCGUUGAUGAGGUGUUGAAAAAGGCUGGUGGAUAUGAUUUUCAAGAAAAGAUUAAAAAGAAAUUCCAAAAAGCAAAUUCAUUUAAACAAGGUGAUAUAUUAAGUUGUAAACCAGGCAAUUUGAAAGUGGGAAAUAUUGUCUUUGUUGUUGCUGACAAACUCAUAGAUGUGGGGAACACGGAGCAGAAGAACUACAGGGAUUGGGUUUAUAAUUUGCUGAAAAAGGCACAUGAAUGGAAUUUUAAACGGAUUGCUGUUCCACUGUUUUCAACAGGCCAGUUGCAAACAAACGAAAACAAGCUGCAGAAAUGUGCGAUAGCUCUCCUACAAGCACUUGCCAAUUUUGUUGACAACAUAUCUGGAAGAAAAUCAAGUAUGAAGGAAAUUCAUCUGGUCAAUAACAAUGACCUUGUAACCAGGUCACUUGUAAGAGUAUUUGAUGUCGCCAGCAAGAAUCAUGAGCAUAAUGUAAGUAAAACUUCAUCAUCAGCAAGUAAAAGCCAUUGGAAAGAUGCUGAAAAGGGACAGACCACUCCUGAACAUUUGGCGAGUAGCAACACAGAUGACAGACACACACAACAACACACAACUGCUAAUGCUUGUUUCAGCGGAAGCUACGGAAGUAUUGACAGAAAGAGUAAAUACAAAAAAAAAGACUUGUGUACUUCACCUCCAAAAGGAAAUGACGCAGCAAGAGUUAAAACCCAGGACUCAAUACCAAGAGAAGGGCGUCAUUAUCAUGCAAGUAGUGGUGCAACUGGUGGUGAAGGAUACAAUGAGGCCGGAGAAUUUUCUGAUGAGGAUGACAUGCUACCAGUCAAUUCACGACCAAAACAGUCUUCAACACUUCAUACUGAUAAUCAAGGUACAUCUGGAAAUGGAUCACUGGAUGGUUCAACGUCAACUCCGCCAGUGUCCAAAGGAAAUGUUCAAAUUUUUGAGGAUUAAUUUUUACAAAAUGGACAUUGUUUGUAUAAAAAAUUACUAAAUGUGUGUAUUCAUAAAAAUUAAUGUAUAAUUUCAAUUUGUUUUCAUUUUAUUAUUUCAAAGUUGCGUAUAUAUUUUGAUACAUAUACAUUCUAGAUAAUUGUUAUUCUUUUAAGCUCACUUGAACACAACGUGCUCAUGGCAAGCUUUUAGGAUCGCCUGUUGUCCGUUUCUGUUUAAAAAUUGGUCACGUUGGGUAUAAACUAGGUCACUUGAUCAAAUAACAGAAAAAAUGCUUGUGAACACUGUAGAAACCACAUUUAUCGCCUAUUUUAAUGAAAAUGUCAGAACUCUAACAUUUUUCUCAGUGAGCUGAGUUCAAAACUGAUAAACAUGGCUUCAUAAAAUUGGUGAUAAUUUGCUUGGUCUAAUUUAAUUAAAUUAUUCCAGAGGUCCCAUUUAAUGCUUAAAGGUAAUGAAACUUCGUCAAAACAUUUAUCCCAAUGUUAAGUGGGCUCAAAAACAAGGUCAUUUGUCAAAUGAAGGAAAACUAUUGUGAAUACUCUGGAGGUAAUAUUAGUUGUUUAAUCUCUGUCAGAACAUCUUGUUUAAAGAGAAACAUAUAAUUUAGUUAAAACAUAUAUAAAACAUUUUUUUUAUUUAACAAAUCCUCAAAAUGUACAUAACUAAUUUAUAUGACAAGACAAACAAAGAUCAUCCUGUAACUUAUUAGCUCGGCUGUUUUUUGAAGAAAACCCGAGGUAUUGUCAUAGCCAGCUCGUCCGCUGUCCACAUCGUGCUAAAACCUUAACAUUGCCCCUAAAAUCAAAGUGCUUCCACCUACAACUUUGAAACUUCAUAUGUAGCUGCACCUUGAGGAGUUCUACACGCCACACCCAUUUUUGGGUCACUAGGUCAAAUAUCAAGGUCACUUUGGCCUCUUAUAUAAAACUUUAACAUAAGCUCUACAAUCUAAGUGCUUCCACCUACAACUGUGAAACUUCAUAUGUAGAUGCACCUUUAUGAGUUCUACACACCACACCCAUUUUUGAGUCACUAGGUCAAGGUCACUGUGACCUCUAAUAUAAAACAUAAAUAUAUGACAAGCUUUCAUUUAUUCAAAACUGCACGCACAGCCAAACGUUAGCACCCGCUAUGCAGUGCUCUUACUGGAGCUCGACUGUCAACCAAAGCACUACUUUACAAUCGUAUUUCUCCAAACUUCCACAACUUUUACGAGUCAGAAAAUUUGUAUUAUCAAUUACUGUAACCACAGGACAUAUACAUGUACAGUUUCAGAAUUCAUAUCUCCUUUAGAAAAUAAUCAUAUUAUAAACCUUUAUAUUCAAACACAUAAUAACUUGCUCACCAAUAAAGUAAAACAGAUAUUUCAUAUUUAAAACACGAACAAAGAUUCUCAAAUGCACGCGAAGCUGAAGAUACAACUCCUAUCUUGUCAAACAGUUUAUUUAUAAUUUUCUAGACUAUUUCUAUUGCCCUAUUAUCCAAUGUAAUUUAAUUAAAUGUAAGACCAAAAAACAGAUCAGUUUUUAUUAUAUCUAAUAAUUAAAAUGAUUUUGGUUUGUUUGAAAAAUCAUUGUUAGUCUAUUUUAAAGUCUUUUGAAUACUUACUGAAUAAUACAGUUAAAUUCCCUGUGGUCACAUGUGAGCGCUUAAGAGCACUAAGCUUUUUUUGCCACUUGAUUACUAUAUAUAUAUAUAGACAGAAAGACAGGCCAAAAACAAUAUACCCCCGAUCUGUCGAUCCGGGGGCAUAAAAACAUAAGUGAAGGUAUAAUUUUGGAGUAAAAUAGUCAUUGAUUCUUUAUUACAACACCAAUUUAUACUAAGUUACAGGAAUGAUGUGGUUAUCUCUCCGAGUUGUUACCGUGUCGGGUAAAAUAUACUGUUAUUAAAACAAAUAAAUUGUUCGCUCAAAAAUUUAAGUUGGUUUUAGGUAUUGCGCUUAAAGAUUGUACAAUCAUUUAAUUGCUUUACUUACACGUUGAAAAUAUGUUUUCUUGACAUUGCCAAAUUUGUUGUUUUUUUAUGUUCGGUAUGCUGAAACAGUUGAAUAUCGUUAAUGAACCUUUGUAUGAAAUUGCAGGGACCUAUACAAACAAAUGUAUAGGUCCCUGGAAAUUGUAAUGUCAUUUAUUUACAGGUUGUAAAACUGUAUAUUUCUUAUUUCUAUAAAUUGCCUUUAUUAUGUAAAUUACUACUGCAGACUAUUAAUUUAGCGAAAUUAUAAGUCACUUGCUGACAAUAAGUCAAACUUAAAUUUGUUGAUUGUUCUUAAAUAUUGAAACUGUAUUAAGUGUGUGUUAUUUUCUUGACAUUUAUCACGGUUUUGUUUACCAAGUAUACAACAAUAUUUGUUUGGAAAGUUAUAGAAUAAUACAUUAAAAAAUCGGUAUUAGUCUAUAGUUGGAAACAGAAUUUUAGUAUGUAAGCCCGCUCAUCUAUUCCGGUUAUUUGUCCUCGGUCCAAAUUAAGAAAGCAAACGAGAUCGAUAUUUAAGGAAUUGAAAGUUAAGUGCUGGUAAUAGUAUUCUCCUACUAUACUCUAAAUUUUGCCUGUAGGGAUUGGCGUAUGUCUAUUAGAUAUGUUAAGCAUUUACAUAAUGGUUUUAAAAAAUGCAACAUCUUAACAUGUAUGCGCUGUGCAUUAAAAUAUAUGUUGAUAUAUUUUCAUUUGUUUUUUUAAUUCUGUGGAGCUGCACAUUUUGAGUGGUGAAAGGUCAAGGUCAACCUUCAAGGUCAAAGGUCAAAAAAUAAAAAAACAAAUUUUCAUAACUUUUUAUGCCCCCGGAUCGAAAAUGGUUCCGGUCCGUUGAAAAAACAUGACCACCAGUGGGCGGAAAAGUUUUUCUUAUAGUAAAACCUCGUUAACACUCUAGAAGUCACAUUUAUAGUCCAAUCUUCGUGAAACUUGGUCAGAACAUUCAUUCUAAUGAUAGCUCGGCAGAACUUGGAAAUGGUUCCGGUCCGUUGAAAAACAUGGCCGACAGGGGGCGGGCAGUUAUCCUUAUAUGGAUAUAGUAAAACCUUGUUAACGCAUUAGAAAUCACAUUUAUAGUGUAAUCUUCGUGGAACGUGGUCCGAAUAUUUGGUCUCAUGAUAGCUCAGCUGAGUUUGAAAAUGGGGCAGUUUGGCCAGGGCCGCCAGGGAAGUUGCAGUUUUCCUUAUAUGACCAUAUUAAAACCAUGUUAACACUCUAGUUGUAAUGAGGAUGUUGGUGCACAAUUAUGAUGAUGAUGAUGAUGAUGAUGAUGAUGAUGAUGAUGAUGAUGAUGAUGAUGAUGAUGAUGAAGAUGAUGAAAAUGAUGAUACUUGUCAUGGAUUCAGACCCAUUAACAACAACCCAAAUAUUUAAUUAUAAUAUUGCAUUUAGGGCUCACACGGGUCAAAAAUAUUCUUCGGGUCGGGUCGGCGGGUCAAAAUUUAAAUACCCGAGAAAAUUCGGGUCGGGUCAGAUAAAACAUAAGGUAAUUAAAAUAAAACUACAUUUAUUGUCAUAGCACGUUUUAGCGUUCUUAAAUAUUUAACUGUUUGUCAAGUAUAUUGUUUAGAAUAUUAUAUUUGUUAUUGUUUUGAUUUAAUUAAUUAUGACUGAAAUACUGAACUGCAUAUAACUAUUAGGUUUACACAACGCUGUUGAACUUAAUCAACAAAUGUUGGUAUAACUUGGAAUGGCGAUCAAUAGUGCAUUUAUAGGAAAAACAACCUGUCAAGAAAAAAAAGCUUGUCUUAUUUUGAGGAGUGAAGCCAAAAUAACUUUCACUGUAAGCUCUAACUGCCUUUUCUACUUUGAAGUCGAUAUAUUUUACAAUACAUGUUUCGUUUUUUAACGUCGCCAUUUUGGGACGUGAAUAACAAAUGAAACUCGACGUAAAUGCUUUUGGUGCGUCACUUCUAUUCAUUUAUGACUAUUUGUAAUAACAACACUGCUUAAUAUAAAGGAUGUUAUUUUAAUUCACUUGUUUAAAAAAGAUGAUCUGACUACACGUUUAACAUGUAAUUUUGUUCUUCGUAGCUUGGGACCCGAACCGGUAUCGUUCGCAGAAACGUUGACCUGGAUCCGCGGGUAUUUUUUUGACCCACGGAUUCGUUUUUGUUUUCGGGUGCCCGUUUGAGCACUUAUUGCAUUACUUAAAUUAAUUAUUGUUAUUAAUUCAGAUUGUUAUCUUUAUCUUUUGCAGAAAUUCAACAUAGUGGUAAAAAACCAAUAAAACAACAAGAAUUGUUACAUAUGAAUGUUAUUUGACCAUCCAUUCACUUAUCAUUCUCUCUAUAAAGCUCAUUUAUACAUGUGCUUGCAGUCUUCCAAUACAAUAGUGUUUAUUUGUGCCUUUUUAAAGACCAUUUGUGUAACACUCAUUGGAAAUUGGUCCCAAUUAACGGGGCACUCCCAAGACCUUUGUCUUGAUGUCAGAUGGACACCAUUCAUAAGAUGAGAUUACAACUUGAAAGGUUUAAGGCUUACAGUUUUUAGUCAGUCAGUAGUUUGUGUGUGGUUAUCAAGGAUUUGUAAUUUUAACAUGUUUUUAUUGUUUCAAUUUGAAAUAUCAUUGAACGGUGAGUCUGAAAAUUGUUCCAGUUGUUUAAAAACACUAUGUAAAAAAUGUAAACAAUUUGGUAGUAAAAAAACAACAAUAUUAUAUCACAUCUUUUAAGAAGCCCACAAACUGUUUGGUUAAAAUAACUUGUUUUGGCAGUUGUUUUUGCAUGUAUUUGUGCUACAGAUUUGUUGUGCAUUUAAGUUACAAAUAGUUGUUUUGAGGUGAUAAUUUUUCCAAUGUCUUGUUUGUGUUUACUUCUAUAUUUGCAAACAUUUGUAACUAUGAGAUAGGUAAAGUGAUGUUUUGUACCUUAAAAGAAGACCAAUGAUGAAUUUCUAGUGCAUAUUCCCAUACUCAUUUACUUGUUUAUAACGGACUUAUAAAGUGUAUGAGUACCAUUUAACAUAUUGUAUUUAAUUAUGCAAAAUCUAUUUCAUAAACUAUUAAUCUAUUGAUAAAAUACAGUUGUUUUCGGUAUCUAAAGCUGUUCUUGCAAAAACAGGUUGUAACAGGUCAUCCCCUAUAACAUCCAAAGAUGCUGAGAUGUUUAUCGCAUGAUCUCAAAACUUGACAACAAUUUGUGAAAAAAAGUACUUCCGUUUUAUUUUGCUGACGUACAUUAUUAAAUAACUGUCCUCAUAUUACUUUUAUUCAAAACAUAGUUUUGUUGCAACAGGUAACAAAUGUUUAUUAUAAAAAUAUAAACACACACAACUACUUAUAACGCAUAUAUGUAUAUAUCUGCCGAAACAACAAACCCUUUCUUUUCACAAAAAACGUUAACAACCCUUGCUUAACGUUAAAACUCAGGUGAGCAACCUAUGGCCACCAUGGUCCUCAUGUUUAUUCAUACAUGCAAUAGUCUUAAAUGAAUGACAGAAAUGAUUCCUUGUUUAAUAGAAUAACACAAACUAAUUAUUUAUUCAUUAUUUCCAUUUUAUUUUAUGUUUUAUUAUUUGUCAAUACGAAAUAUUCGUGCACUAGGCUUGACAUUCGUAUCAGAUUAAUAUUCCGACACUCGGUUCGAAUGUUAUUCCUAAAAAAUUAUUGCGUUAUUGAAACAUAGCCAUAUUAUGCUAUUUACAAACGAUAAAACCUUGAGCCAGGAAUUGUGUGGACUGUUGUCAAUCAAGAUACAUGUAAAUUAAAAGGAGUUUUAAGAGACUUUUUUAUUGGAUCAAUAUUUUAAAAGUAUUGAAUCUUAAAUUGUUCUUUUCAAAUAACCUGAAUACGGUAUUACGUUUAAUGUAUGUAAUUUUGUAUUGUCGGUAUUUUUCAGUUUAUGGAAAGUUUAUUGUGUAUAAUCUUUGUAAAUAUAUUACACAAUUAGUUCACACUUUCAAGUUUGUUGAGCUUCGCUUGAACAGAUAUUUCCACCUUGUCAUUAUUUUUUAAUGUAAGCUAAAAUUGUAAUUAAGUUUACCAACCGACCCGUAUUUUCAAUACCUACAACUUAUUUGUUUUUCUGCCGCGACAUUUUGAUGCAUGUAGCAUAUCGUGAGAAUUCAGUCCGUCCAUGUUUCUUUAAACAGUCUUUUUGAGUUGAUCUAGAUUUUACAUUAUUGAUUAAUACAAACCUUUUUUCUACAUACCCACUCGCUGUUUCGGGAUCUUAUGAUCACGACCCGUUGGACUGUAUCACAAGUGCAAACUUAAACCUAUUUUAUAUUCGUAUAAUCCCAUUUUAUUUGACAUAUCACUUCUAUAGACUUUUGUCUAACCGGGUCUUCAGUUCCAUUCAACAAUCGGGAUAAUGAUUUUAUCGCACACAAAGUGUUUUUUUUCUUUUUUAAGAUAGACAUUCGUUGUAUAUUUUUACUAUGUAAUUUUCUUGUUUUAUGUUCGAAUGAAGAAUUAAGUAGAAACAGUCACUUCAUUAAAGACAAUCGUAUUUUAUUUCGCCGUUGUAUUUUCAUGAAUGCUCGGAUGGUCGAUUUCAUAUGUAUAGACUUAAUAUAUAUGCAUGUAUCUUUGAUAUUUGAUCAGCAGUUUAAAAUAGCCAUUUGAGUGUUAAUGUGUAUGUGAUGAAAAUAACAUUGCAUUAAACAGAGUCGUUUAUUA